UACACCAAUUUGUGAUGUGUUUGUCUCCCACUAUUAUCAGUGCACGUCUCUUACCCUCUUUGUUUCUCUACCUUCACAUGUGAUCUUGCCCCACGUGAUCAUAUGCACCAAUUAUAUCCUCACACAUCUCAUUCUUUCUCUCUCUCAACAUUUUCAUGAUUCAUUAACUUUUGCCUGUGUACACUGCAUAUGCUAGAUUUGAUUCGAUCCUUGUUGCUUCUACGUCUUAUCUCUUGUUGGGCUAUUGUGAAUAUCUUAAUAUCUGCCUAAAGGGUAUGUGAAAUUGUCAAUUUUGAUAUCUUUCUUAUUGUGCAGCUCAAGUGUUUGAAGAUUGUUCUGUGUGGCUGAUGGUGUUGAAGAACUUUCCAGUUAGUUAUUUACCUCUCUGGUCUUCAAGGAAUUUGUUUGUUUGGUUGUGUAAUCUGACAAAUUCCAGGUCAAGUUGAUUGUGGAUAAUGUUCUUUAUUGUUAUCUGUGCUCUUCCAACCUUUAUUACUCUUUAGUCAAUUGGAGAUUUCCCCCAAUUUUUUAUAUUAAAAUUUGGGGAGACUUCCUUUAAAUUGGGGCUAGUGAGUGAGAGAGACAUGUGGGGAAGGGGUUUCUGAGUUGGAUUUGGUUGGAUACCCUCCAGAAAGUAAAGUGGCAUGCAAGUUGUUCACACAUCUUGAGUAGCAUACACCAUGUUAGGUUGAUUUUGAGGCUCUUAGUGUUAUCUUUUACUUCUGAAAGAAAUCUCAGAUCCAAUCCAACCUUUGUUGCCAAUAUCAGGGGUUAUCAUCAAUCUUCUUCCUUCAGAUACUUUCUGUUUUUUGGUGGGGGAACUUGAACAGGAAAAUAGUCAACUUUACGAGGUAAAUUAUUGUGCUUGCUCAUGGGAAUUAAGAGCUAGUAUUAUAUGAGGAGAAGUAAAACUUAAAGCUUCCGCUUGUGCUAUGAAAAAUUUGAAGCCUAACACAACAUGGGUAGCAACAACAAAACCAUUGUUUGGUUUAGAAGGGACCUUAGAAUAGAGGACAACCCUGCAUUAGCUGCUGCUGCAAGGGAUGGUUCUGUACUUCCUGUAUACGUAUGGUGUCCUAAAGAGGAAGGGCAAUUCUAUCCAGGCCGAGUUUCGAGGUGGUGGUUGAAGCAGUCACUCGCUCACUUGUAUCAGUCACUGAAAUCUCUUGGAGCUGAACUUGUGCUGAUCAAGACUCAUAGUACUCUUGAUGCACUUUUGGAGUGUGUGAAUGCUGUCCAAGCAACAAAAGUAGUGUUUAACCAUUUGUAUGAUCCAGUUUCACUUGUUCGCGAUCACAACAUCAAAGAAAAACUAGUGGAGUCUGGCAUAUCGGUGCAAAGCUACAACGGGGAUCUGUUGUACGAACCAUGGGAAGUAUAUGAUGAUCGUGGACAGUACUUGUGUUUGAUUAAAAUUGAUCAUGUGCUGUCCGGAAAUUUUCUUUCCGUAUUACGCCGAAAGCUUGGGAAAUGUUCAAUUGAAGAACUAGGUCUUGAAGACGAAUUAGAAAAGCCUAGCAAUGCACUACUCGGUCGAGCAUGGUCUCCGGGUUGGUGCAAUGCCGACAAGGCCUUGACAGAGUUUGUGGAGCAGCACCUAAUUCACUAUUCCAAGAGUAGGCUAAAGCUUGGUGGAGACUCCACCUCGCUCUUGUCCCCAUAUCUCCACUUUGGAGAAUUGAGUGUAAGAAAAGUAUUUCAGUUAGCACGCAGGAAACAGAUAUUAUGGUCCAAUGAAGGAAACAUCGCCGGCGAAGAGAGUGUAACUCUUUUCCUCAGGGCAAUUGGACUUAGAGAGUACUCACGCUAUCUUUGUUUCAAUUUCCCAUUCACCCAUGAGAGAGCACUUCUAGGACACUUGAAGUUUUUCCCUUGGAAUGCUGAUCCGGCUAACUUUAAGACUUGGAGACAAGGGAGGACUGGAUUUCCAUUAGUUGAUGCCGGAAUGAGGGAACUCUGGGCGACAGGAUGGAUACACAAUAGAAUAAGAGUAAUAGUUUCUAGUUUUGCUGUGAAAAUGUUGCUUCUACCGUGGAAAUGGGGAAUGAAAUACUUCUGGGACACACUUCUGGAUGCGGACCUUGAAUGUGAUAUCUUGGGCUGGCAGUAUAUAUCAGGAAGCUUACCGGAUGGUCAUGAGCUUGAGCGGUUGGAUGAUCCUGAGAUUCAAGGGGCUAAAUUUGAUCCGGAAGGUGAAUAUGUGCGGCAAUGGCUACCAGAGUUGGCAAGAAUGCCAACUGAGUGGAUCCAUCACCCUUGGGAUGCGCCACUAACUGUGCUUAGAGCAUCGGGAGUUGAACUGGGUCAAAACUAUCCGAAGCCAAUAAUUGAUGUAGAUUUGGCCAGAGAAAAACUCACUGAAGCGAUAUUCAAGAUGUGGGAAGCUGAGGCAUCCGCAAAAUCGGUUGGCUCGGAAGCAAGGAAUGAAGUUGUUGUUGAUAACUCGAGCAAUGUCAAAAAUUUGGACAUUCCAAAUGUUGUCUUGAAGGGUAAGAGUCCAUGUGCCACGGUUUCAGCUAAUGAUCAGAUGGUUCCGGCAUUUCAGGAUCCCAAGAUCGAACCACCUGUUGGGAAAAGACCAAAGUACAUGGAGGAGGCAAGACAGAAUGAAGAUCAUUCACAAAACCAUAACAAAGAGACCGGGGUGUCGGGCGUUGACCAAGAGAUGUGCUCAACAGCUGAAUCCUCAUGCAAGAAGCAGUGUACAAGCAGCACGUAUUCGUUUUCCGUUCCACAACAGUGUUCUUCAUCUUCUAACUUAAAGUGGCCAUGGCAAGAUCAGAUUGACAUGGAUCAGAGUUCAAGCAAAGAUGGUGAGUAUACUGAUUUUUCCAAGGAUGAAAGGAAAUGAAAGCACAUAUUUAAAGAAAUUAUCUUUAUAUUAUUGGGAAUAUAUUAUAAAACAAUGGACCAGCAACAAAUUGGUCAAGUAGUAGAAAACUUGUUUCUUCAUAGUGGUCUCCAGUUUGAACCUUGGGAUGACGGAAAAAAAAAAAAGGACCACACGGUGGGAGAGUCAACCACAAUACUAGUCAUCCUGAUGUAAUUAUCAGGUUAGAAUGCAUACAUUAUACCCCUUGGGUGCAGCUCUUUUCUGGACCCUGCAUUAACACGGGAUACUUGUGCACCGGGCUCCCAUUUUUAAUGUUGAUGCAACCUUUGGAACUUUGCAGAUUCAUAGUGCAUUCUAAGUCUCAAACACAUUGGAAGGAGUUCAGAUUCUCUCCGUUGGAAAAAACAGUUGAUUCCAAUAGUUAUAUUAGCAUUUUUUUGUUUGGCUGAAUUUUAUGUGCUUCUAACAAUUAAGAAUUAACCAAUAAGAAUUGCUAUGCAGGAGCUGUGUGAGGUUAAUGCUUGUUCUUAUAUAAGUCCAGUGGCAGAUGCAUUACUCCCAAGACAAAAAAUUACUAUUCUAAAUAUAACCGGUGCAGUUUACUAAGACUAAGCUCUACAUGCAUAUGUUUUAUGUGGCUAUAUUCUCAAGCAGUGGUGCAAAAAGGUUAUGAAAUCAAAGAGAAGAGCCACUUGUAUUGAAAUAGCCAACUUUUGUAUAUUAGUAAUGUCGUAGUGAUGGUGAUGUCCAUAUACAUACAUAUUCUGACAAUCUUGUAUACAAACCUAACAAACUUCAAAUGUUUUAUACAUUACAUUAUUCUAGAAUGGCCUGCCUAGAACUAUCAACGCUAUAAUAAAUUCUUCUGUUACUUUUUCGA